ACAGUGCUAUUAUUGCUCGAGCAGCUUCCUGUUCAGCGAACACUCACACUUCCUCCACUACAGCAACACUUUGCUUGACUACUGUGACGCUCUCUCAGACAGAUUGUAGGCUAUAUGUUCAUACAAACCCUGCCACUGAAGAUAGUAUGUUUGGUGUCUGAGACAGUGAAGGGGCCAGAAUGCAGAGCAUCAAGUGUGUGGUGGUAGGAGACGGUGCAGUGGGGAAGACCUGCCUCCUCAUCUCCUACACCACCAACGCCUUCCCCAAGGAGUACAUCCCCACUGUGUUUGACAACUACAGCGCCCAGGUGACUGUGGACAGCAGGACUAUUAGCCUCAACCUGUGGGACACAGCAGGCCAGGAGGAGUACGACCGCCUGCGCACCCUCUCCUACCCUCAGACCAACGUGUUUGUCAUCUGCUUCUCCAUUGCCAGCCCUCCCUCCUUUGAGAACAUCAAGCACAAGUGGCACCCAGAGGUCACCCACCACUGUCCCAAUACGCCCAUUCUGCUGGUGGGCACCAAGAAGGACCUGCGUAAUGACCCGGAGGUGUUGAAGAAGCUAAAGGAUCAGAACCAGAUGACCAUCACCCAACAGCAGGGCACCGCCCUGGCCAGGCAGAUCCAAGCCAUCAAGUACCUCGAAUGCUCUGCCCUCAACCAAGAUGGAAUCAAAGAAGUGUUCGCUGAGGGUGUGCGAGCCUUUCUCAACCCACAACCUGUCGCCACCAAGAAACCAUGUGUGCUAUUAUAAAGGCAGUAUGAAACCCUGUGUGCUAUUAUGAAGGCAGUAGGAAACCCUGUGUGCUAAUUGUAAAGGCAGUAGGAAACCCUGCGUGCUAUUGUAAAGGCAGUAGGAAACCCUGUGUGCUAUUGUAAAGGCAGUAGGAAACCCUGUGUGCUAAUUGAAAAGGCAGUAGGAAACCCUGUGUGCUAUUGUAAAGGCAGUAGGAAACCCUGUGUGCUAUUAUAAAGGCAGUAGAAACUCUGUGUGCUAUUGUAAAGGCAGUAGGAAACCCUGUGUGUGUCACGUUCGUCGUAAUAAUGGUUGGACCAAGCUGCAGCGCGAUAUGGUUUCCACAUAAUUUAUUAAAGUGAAAAACCUAGAACAAAACAAAUAAAGACAUAAACAACAAAACGUGACCAACGAGAUGCUACGUGCAUUAAGUCAAAACACAGAAACAUAAACAAUAUCCCAUAACCCACAGGUGGAAAAAUGCCACUUAAGUAUGAUCCCCAAUUAGAGACAACGAUUACCAGCUGCCUCUAAUUGGGAAUCAUAUACAAACACCAACAUAGAAAAUUAAACCUAGAACCCCACAUAUCAAUAAUAAACUAGACUAAAACCCCUAGUCAUGCCCUGACCUACUCUACCAUAGAAAAUGCAGGCUUUGUAUGCUAUAAAGACAGUGUGCUAUUAUUAAGGCAGUAUGAAACCCUGUGUGUAAAGGCAGUAGAGAUACUAUCACAGAUGCAUAUCCAAUAGAACAAUAUUAAUUAAUUUAAUGUGUGUAAACCAUUGGAGUUGAUUUUAUUGUGAAAUAUGUUUUUGUUGUACUGCCAUUAACAAACACUGUGAUAUCAAGACUUCAUUAAGAAAAAAGGGGAUCUUUGAGGCAUUGGCUCAAGAUGCAUGCUUCAAAACUGACCCAGUGUUAGGUCGGCGAGAAGGGCCUUGCUUUGUCUGUCCGAAUCCUUGCUUUUGUAUAUCCAUGAUUUUGCCCUCUUCCUUUAAAGCAAUUGACAAACAAAGCCUGAGACUUGAUGGGAGAUACAUUCUCUCAUGUAUCUGUGUUUGAAUAACUGUCAAAUUUGGACAUGUAUGGCCUUUACAAAAAUAAUUAAAUAAUGCAUGUGUAAAAAGAUAAUAUCAGGAAUUGAAUUUACUGAAUUUACUGCAGUGGGCGAAAACAGGAUCACACAAUUUCUUAGUAGUCUUAAACAAAUCUACUUUGAAACAAAAGUAUAGACCUACGGGCUUAAAAAAAUAAGACGCCUGUACCAUGUCCGAUAUAGAGUUGAAAUGUAUUCAAUUUUGAGUUUGCAUCCUAUUUUAAACGUUAUAUACAUCACAGAAGACUGAAAUAUAACAAAACCGUUUGACAUACUGUAGAAACAUUUUCAGCUGCUUUUUUAAAAUAAUGGCAACUUAAAUAAAAAAAGAAUGUUUAUUAAUUAUGAAAAUUAUUAAUAUCAUUCCACCCAUGAAGCCACUAUGUCAUUUGACUGCAGGAAAGGGCUACAUACCAAUUCUCCCAUUAUAUCUGUUUUACAAUGUACUGUAUAGUGGGUUUAAAACAUUCUUUUUUUAAAUCUAACAUAGAAGAAGGUUUUUCUACACCAUCAGUUGUUUUGUGUGCUGUGUGUGACUAUCAAGCCACCAAGUUAGUGCUCGUCUACUCUGUCUGAUUGUGUUGAAUACUGGACACAAAGAGGAAAUGCAGAGAGGUCUUUGAUAAGAAAUGCAUAGGCUGAUUUUCCUAUUGCGGUCAUUAGUCAGUGUGUGUUUGAGAGAGAGAGAGAGAGAGAGAGAGAGAGAGAGAGAGAGAGAGAGAGAGAGAGAGAGAGAGAGAGCAAAAAAGGGAACCUGGUUGUAACUUCCCUCUGAAAGUCCAUAGCUUGCCGUCUAUUUUGUUAUUUUGGGGUUCUGGUUGUUUUAAGGUUGUGUAACUAUGUUGAGAAGGCCUGGCCAUGACCCCACUCUCCGAGGGUUUCUCAGGGAGAGUUCGGAUAUGCAAAAAACACAUUUCCAAUUCACACAUGCUUAUUAAUACAUACUCGUACAUGUGUGGAAUAGGACAAAUAUAAGCACCCACCAAAUGAUUAUUAUUACAUCUACUGUUAUAAAUGAGAUAUGGAAAUUGUGUACAAACUGUAGUGUAGAUUAAUGUGACAUAUCUUUAUUCUUAUCAUAAGCAACAUCAAAUAAAUGUGUCUCAAAUUGA